AUGUUACUAUUAAUUCUGUUAUAUACAUUAUUGUUUUUUAUUCUUAUUACGAUCGCUAUUAUCUAUUUCAAAAUAAUUUAUCCGGAAAAACGAAUACAUCAUGCAUUUCGUACACAAGGCAUAGGUGGAGAACCAUUUAUACCUUUAAUUGGUCAACUUCCUGAGUUCAGGAGACAAGUCAACAAUGACGCGUUGAUGAUUUAUCAAGAAGAACUAGCUGAAAAACACGGUUGCGUUUUCCUAUUUGGUCUCGGUCCGUUUACACGUCUUAUACUGAAUGAACCGGAUUUACUUGCUGAUUUAUUUAGCAGAAAUAAUGCACCCAAUUACGUGAGACCUGUAGAUUCUAGUGCCGUAUUUAUUCCGAUAGUUGGAUCUCAUAAUUUAUUAGUAGCUGAAGGUAGUGAGCAUGAACGAGCUCGUCGAAUGAUUAAUCCAGCAUUUCAUCAUAUUAGCCUGAAAUCUAUGGUUUCUAUUAUUACUGAUCGUACUGCCAAAGCUAUUGAAUCAAUGAUACCUAGUGAACAAAAAUCGAAAUCUGUUAAUUUACAAGUUUUAUUCAAUGCGUUGACAUUAUCUAUCAUUGCAUCAAGUGCAUUUGGUGCAGACUUUGAAACAAAUGCUCAUGCAAAAGAUGUUAUUGCUCGAACAUUUGCUCAAUUACUUGAUAUCACUGAAUAUCGAUCGAUGCAUAUGAUAAAUCAAAUUCCUUUUCUUUCACGAUUACCUUUUUGGGGUAAAAAUAUUCUUGAUGAAGGAAAUCGAAAAGUAGGUGAAUUUCUUGAUGAAAUCAUUAGUGAUCGUCGGCAAGGGCGAUCAUCAAGUUGGUCAAAUGGUCCUGAUCUUCUUGAUUUAUUACUUUCAGCUGUUGACGAUGAAGGAAAACCAUUCAAUGAUCAAGAAAUUAAAGAAGAAUCUCUUACUUUUGUACUGGCGGGUAGUGAAACGACUGGAACUCUUAUGGUAUGGAUGUUAUAUGUUUUAAUGACUAAUGAAAAUGCUUUACAAGCGUGUCGUGAAGAAGUUGAUCGAGUUUUACCAAAUGGUAUAGAGCCUACAAAUGAACAUUUACCCGAUUUACUAGUAUGUGAAGCAGUCGUUAAUGAAACACUUCGUCUUUAUCCACCAGCACCAUUCCUCGUACGUCACUGUGUACGUGAACAUGUUAUUGGUACUGAACGUAAAAUUCGUAUACCAAAGGGUGCAACUGUUAUUGUUAAUAGUUAUAUUCUUCAUCGUCGAAGUGAUCUUUGGCCUCGACCUCUUGAAUUUGACUAUACUCGUUGGAUGCGUGAUCCUAAAACAGGUCUCAAACCAAAAUUAUCUCAUCCAUUCGCUUAUCUUCCUUUUUCUGCUGGACCACGUAAUUGUAUUGGACAAAAUUUUGCAUUAUUAGAAGCUAAAAUUAUGUUAGCUAUGUUAAUACAACAAUGUAAUUUUGACUUAGUACCAGGGCAAAAGAUUGUGCCUGAUGUUAAAAUAACAAUGCGACCAAAAUAUGGGUUAAUGGCUAACAUUAGUAAACGUGAAUUGUAA